GAAGAAAAUCAAGAGAAAGGGAGGAGAGAAAAGGAAGAGAGAUUAAUUAUCCUUUCCCUCCACAAAACUACUGGGAGGAGUGGGAAAUGAAGAAAAGUUAAUCAGGACGAUGACUAUAAAGAGCUGUGGACAUUGUCUUAAAGAUGAUCAGAAAGACAGAGGUGGAGGAAACCCUGAAGAGGAUCCAGAGCCAUAAAGGAGUUAUUGGAACCAUGGUUGUAAAUGCAGAAGGCAUCCCUAUCCGAACCACUCUGGACAACUCAACCACAGUUCAGUAUGCAGGCCUUCUUCAUCAGCUCACAAUAAAAGCCAAGAGCACAAUCCGUGAUAUCGAUCCUCAGAACGACUUAACUUUCCUUAGGAUCAGGUCAAAGAAACACGAAAUCAUGGUAGCUCCAGAUAAAGAAUAUCUUCUGAUUGUCAUUCAGAACCCAUGUGAAUAGACCUGCUACAACCACGACUGCCCUCACGAUGCUGAGCUGGAGACACUUUAAUGAUUCCUAGAAUUAUAUCCCAAUCUAACUUAGUCUUGGAUGUUCUUUUCUAUUUUCACAUCUAAACUAUUCCACAUGUCUCUUUUGGUCCCUUUUGAUUGCACUGUGAACUUGUACUUUUGCUAAAUAAUAAACAAAUUUUGGUAUGUA